AUGGAGAACGAUGCUCAUCUUAACACGGAGGAGUGCCCGCAAGCCAACUGUCCGCCUGUUUCGCAGAAUGAACUGCAAAUAAGCACGUGUGACGCCACAGACAAUGCACGCCUCAUCGGCUUGGUGGCGAAAGGUGGCAGUGACCCUUCUUCUACUUAUCAGAAGAUUACACGGCAGCGUUUCAUCAGGAGAAGCCUGUGGUUCUCAGACACAGAUGAGCAGGCCUCAGAGGCCUCGGAAUGUGAUCGCCCGCAAACGGUAGCUGGCAGGAAGCGAGGUGCGAGUGGUGGCAUACAGGAGGACGUUGGCACCGAAAGUCACGGUGGGCCAAAACAUGACGUGAAAGAAAGCACCAGAAUUGAUGAGGAAAAGGCGAAGAGCAGAGGAGAUGCACUUAACGCCACGUGCACUGAUGGCGGUAAAAGCACCAUCAAGGCAGCGAGUGAGGAGACCGAGGAAGAGGCGGGGAUGAAGGCCGUUUCCACCUCCCCAGGGGGACGCUUCCUCAAAUUUGACAUCGAGCUUGGGAGGGGCUCCUUUAAGACCGUCUACAAAGGCUUGGAUACGGAAACCUGGGUGGAGGUUGCCUGGUGCGAGCUACAGGAUCGUAAGCUGUCAAAAAUGGAACGUCAGCGCUUCAAGGAAGAAGCUGAGAUGUUAAAAGGUCUCCAACAUCCAAACAUAGUCCGCUUUUAUGACUUUUGGGAGUCUCCACUCAAAGGAAAGAAGUGCAUUGUUUUGGUAACUGAACUCAUGACAUCAGGGACUCUUAAAACUUAUCUGAAGCGUUUCAAAGUUAUGAAGCCCAAGGUGCUGAGAAGCUGGUGCAGGCAGAUCCUGAAAGGCCUUCACUUCCUCCACACCAGAACUCCUCCUAUUAUCCACAGGGACCUCAAGUGCGAUAACAUUUUCAUUACUGGCCCAACAGGCUCUGUCAAGAUCGGUGAUUUAGGCCUGGCAACGCUAAAGGCGGCCUCUUUUGCAAAGAGCGUCAUUGGAACUCCUGAGUUUAUGGCUCCAGAGAUGUAUGAGGAGCACUAUGACGAAGCUGUGGAUGUCUAUGCCUUUGGCAUGUGUAUGCUUGAAAUGGCCACAUCCGAAUAUCCCUACUCAGAAUGUCAGAAUGCUGCACAGAUUUACCGAAAAGUCACAAGUGGAGUUAAGCCUGCCAGUUACAACAAAGUCGUGGAUCCCGAAAUUAAAGAGAUUAUUGGCGAGUGCAUCUGCCAAAAGAGAGAAGAGCGAUACUCCAUCAAAGACCUCCUGAACCACGCCUUCUUUGCGGAGGACACGGGGGUGAGGGUGGAGCUCGCUGAGGAGGAUGACGGUCAAAAGACCUCCAUCGCCCUUAAACUGUGGGUGGAGGACCACAAGAAAUUAAAAGGGAAAUAUAAGGAGAGUGGAGCCAUUGAAUUCACGUUUGACCUGGAGAAGGAAGUCCCUGAGGGGGUAGCACAAGAGAUGGUGGAGUCUGGAUUCUUCCACGAAAGUGACGUGAAGACUGUAGGAAAAUCAAUUCGGGACCGUGUGGCGUUAAUCAAAUGGAGAAGAGAAAGAACAGUGCUGUCUACUUCUCAAAUGGACGGUGGACAUGGAUUCCACAUGGCAACUUCUCAAAGCUUGGCUUCUCAGGAGGCGCACGCAGGACGGCCCUCUUUGCUUGAACCGCCAGCAGAUGUUGACCAGCAAAAUCAGCAACGUACACUGCCAGCCAGUUUCACUUCAGUGACAUCAGAUGGCACUUUCGACAGUGGCAAGGGCUCCACUGUGUACUCGGAUUCUCACAGCAGCCAGCAGAGCGUCCUCUAUCAGUCCCUACUGGAGCCCAUCACUAUGGCAACACAGCAGUGCCAGCCAAGUGAACUUUUUCAGACAAAUCGACCUUACUCCUGCGAAACAGGUGAAGUACGAGGGGCCGCGCUGGGCCCAGAACUCGCUACUCGUUUUGGAGGUUCUGCGCGCAGAGGAAGUGCCCCUGUUAUUGACACUUACUAUGUUGACCCCUUAAAUCAAUUCAGUGCAUCAAAACUUUUUCUGCGAUCUGUAAAUCCUGACCCUGUUGUAAUAGAAAGCCAAUGGGAGCAUUGCUCAGAUAACCGACUCGUUCAGCCAUUGUUAUUGGACAAUGUCAGAGACAAAUGUGUCACCCCUUCAUCUGAGGCUGUCAAUGGAAACGUGAUGAGAGGACGAAGACACUCUGACAUCAGCGGACUAAGUCUAACAUGUCAUCAUAGCAACCACCACCGGGGAGGGUUUCGCCACCUUGCGCCGGAAGGACAGCUUAAAGGUUCAAGUGAUUGUUCAGAACUCCUGUGGUGGCUACAGAAGUCCCUUUUUAAUAUAAUCAAUCAAAAAGGAGGAACUAGCCGUGCAGUAUUCGCCCAGCACUCUUCCAUUCAAUCCUCAGCUUCCCACUGCAAUUCCAACGCUGCUCAGGAUGGCAACCUUAAGAAGAGAGCUCAUUUGUGCCAGGAAACGGAAACCUUCCAUGUCUGUGAGGAUACAUCCCUCGCAAGAGAGAAGUACAUUCCUCGUUUUAUGGGAGCGGCCAAUUCUGUAGGGCACCAGACUCAAUCGGCAGAGCAUCAAUAUCUCAAACCUGGCCACAGUUACCCUGCUCCUCCAUAUCCGUGUCAGCCCAAUGUCACAUCACUAAGUCAGGCUACUUCCUGUACGGUCAACACCCAUCCUAUAGCCACUGGUUGUAACCAAACGAGUAUUUCAGCAGCAGCUGGGCCACAACAUGUUUCGCAGUGUUACCAGAUGCAAGGUCAGCAACCACAACAAGCGACUUUUGACCGUGUCUCCUCGGUCCAGCAACAGACUUACACUGUGUCGGCUUAUCAGCCAGCAGCGCAGUCAGAACCAAUUUGCCCAGUUGCCCAGUGUCAACUGGUGCACACUUCCACCGGUGCUUCACUGCUUCCAUCUGGGGCCGAAUUGCCCAAACAGCAAACUGGAUUGCUUCUUGAUAGCCAGCAGAUGCCUAGUAAACAAGAUCACCAACCAAACUUGAUGGAGAAUGGUCAAGGCACACAAAAUGGAAUACAAAUGUGCACUCAGACACAACUCCAGAGUGUAUGCCAGCAAAUAUCACAGCCUCCUUUCCAUUCUCAAAGUCUUCAGUGUGCUAGUCAACAGGAAGUACUCACGCCAGUUCCUCAGCAGCAAAACCACAUACUGGUGCAGAUGGCGCUUCCACAGUCCAGCCAGGAUGCGUCCCAGUCUGUGGUGCAGCAGGACCAGUCCGUGAGCACAAAUCACCAGUAUUCUUCAACUAGUUUACCUGAUGCCACUUUCAUACGCUCUGCAGUCAGUGCAAUUCCUGCUCAGGGUCAGUUCCUCCCUGGGCAGUCAUCUACAACGCCGCAGACCUACGCAGGAGUUUCCCAGGUUCUGAGUCCGAGCCUUUUGGUCUCCUCACAACAUAGCCAAGCUACUCAAAUGACUACACAGAUCCCUCAGAAGGUGAUGGCCAGCCAACCUGACCUUGUCCAGAUGACCCUUAUAUCGCAGUCCACACACUUCUCCACACCUGCAAAGAACACCUCAGACCAGACAUUAAUUGUCGGUGCUGGCCAGUCAGAAAAGGAAAUUCAGAUUCCAUCUCUUCAUCCCGCAGAGUCUCAUAGAGCAUCUUGUGGAUCUGCAAGUUCCAGUCUGGCACAGCAGCAGUUCAGCACUGAUCAAGCUGUAGAAAAACACACUGGUGGUCAGAGCUAUGACAGUGUCAACUCUGAUGCCACAUCAGGGAAAGAGAUGAGCGAUGGCUGUGAUGGUCCACAUGGAAGUAAAUGCCAGAGUAAAAUCCGCAAACACCACCGCAGGUCGACGCGCACUCGGUCUCGUCAAGAGAAGACGAGCAGGCCAAAGCUCAGUAUGCUAAAUGUCUGUAACACAGGGGACAAGAUGGUGGAGUGCCAACUGGAAACGCACAAUCAAAAAAUGGUUACAUUCAAAUUUGACCUGGAUGGUGAUGCGCCUGAAGAGAUUGCUACAUACAUGGUGGAGAAUGAUUUCAUCCUACACUUGGAAAAAGAAGUGUUCAUUGAACAGCUCAAGGAUAUUGUAGAUAAGGCUGAGGACUUGCUGAGUGAGGAUACAGAGGCUGAGAAGAAUUCUGACCAGGCAAGCAGUCCCAUGAGUGAAGGAGCUGGCACGGUGGGAAUGAAGUCGUGUGCCCCCAGCAGUCCACAGCCAGUCUACCAACAAAACGUACUUCAUACUGGCAAGCGCUGGUUCAUCAUCUGCCCAGUGGCUGAUCGGGAAUGCGAAAAAUCUACCUCUCUGUCAGUCAAAGCCAACAGCAGCACGCCUGUAGUGUCAAAUGCUGUUCAGUCUGUGUCUUCGCAAGGCCCUCUUCAAGACCAAAAGGCCACCCUGGUUAAUGUCCAGCUUUCAGACUGUGUCAUCCAAGAAAAAAGCAAAGUUGUAGGCCAAAAUGAGAGCAUUUCCGUUGAAGAAGCUUGCAUCUCAGCUGCGUCCAUCGUGAGUGACAUCCCAUGCUGUGCUUUCACACCGCCAGUCUCAUUGGACGUGAAUGAUGCCGACAAGGCGGAGGUCAAUGCUUCAGUCAUGCUAGCCAGUCAUCCCGAUCAGAAGGCCAGUCCCACUGGAGAAGGCUCCCUCCAGCAGGCCGCUCAGCAGUCAGUGGUUCUCCAGCAACCCUACCCGGCACCGAUACUGCCAGCAUCGCUCUGUUCCCAACCUCAGAGUCCGGCGCAUCAGACAGCUGUUCCUCAAGCGGCCAGCGGGGGUCCGGGGGAUUCGGACAGCGAGGGGCCACGCCGCAUGGAGUUUGCCGAUUGCACCAUCAAGACAUUAGACAAGAAGUUGAGAAAUUUGUUGUAUCAGGAGCACACUCCCUCCCAGCCGUGCGGUGUCGCCACUGACCCUCAUGCGUCUCCCAUGGAAGUGUCCGGCACCAUGUCUGUCUCGGACAGCCACAGCAGCGAGGGGCCGCUGAUCAAGAAACAGGAGGAGCCCCUGAUAAGGCCCACUGCACCAAGUAUCAAUUGUCAGGAAAAAAGCAACAGCCGCAGCACUUUCUCCGGUUAUUCUCAAGGGUCAUACGGUCCGAAUAGAAAAAACAAUGGCUGCAUUCCUGGGGGCACGUUGCCAGCUGAUUGUGAGAGUACAAGCGUAUCCAGACCUUGUUGCAGUAACCGCUUCUCUGCACCGCCAAACUUCUACCAGGCAACACCCACGUCUAGCCCAGAUGUCACACCUCACCAUUUGCCCCGCGCCGUAACCAUCGGUGCCUCGGCUGGUCAUCCCUACCGGCACUCGUCACCCCUCCGCUCAGACUCUGCGGAUGAGGAUAGCGGCGGCAAGGCUCUCCGGGCUGCCCGUCCCGAUGCUGUAGCUCAUGCGCCGUCCGAGCAUGGUGGAGGCCACCUUGUCAAGAGGGCUGUGGCCUUUCUGAAGCGAUCCGGUCGGAGUAAAAGUGAGCAGAGUUCAGAUUCGCCAAGCCAGCGGCCAUUGGAGAUGAACGGCCAUGCUCCUUCACCUUCAAUGGGACACACGCCAUCUUCUUACAUCAGCAGUGACAAUGACUCUGAAUUUGAGGAUGCAGACAUGAGGAAAGAGCUCCAGAAGCUGAGAGAAAAGCACAUGAAGGAGAUUUCAGAGUUACAGGCCUUCCAGAGGAGUGAAAUUGAACGUCUGUACCGAGAAGUGGGAAAAUCUUUGCCCCCCAACGUAGGCCUACUACACGCUGCCCCGCCCAGUGGUCGCCGACGGAGGGCAAGUAAACACAAAGUCAAAGCUGGAAAAUUGCUCAAUCCGAUGGUGCAGCAGCUCAAAAGUAAUCUUAACACCACCACAGUGGAGAGAAAAGGUGAGAGUUCUGGCAGUUCAUCAGGAUCCCCCGCUAAAAGUUCGGCUAUGUCCGACUGCUCGACCCGCUUCAGUGGUAGCUCCAGCUCCAACAAUCAGAGUUGCGCAACCCCAGAGCAGGUCCACACCCAACAACCAUGUUCCUUAAAAGGCUCUUUCUCCUCGGAUAACAUCUACGCUGGCCAGCACAACGACGGGUUGAACAACUUGACAAGCCGAGGCUGGACGGUUUACCACCAAACUUCAGAGAGAGUCACCUAUAAAUCUAGUAGCAAACCACGCACUAGAUUCCUCAGUGGACCUGUGUCUCUGUCCAUCUGGUCCACUCUGAAACGACUAUGUCUAGGCAAAGAGCACAGUAGUAGGUCAUCUUUGCACACCGCAACAGUUCCACCGCAGCCGUCCCCCGCCGCAGCUACACCGUCUCCUCAGCCAAUUGGUCGACUUGCUCGGGUUCAGAACAACAACAGUAACAAUAAGAAAAGCACGUUUACCGAGGACCUGCACAAGUUGGUGGACGACUGGGCAAAGGAAACUAAGGCAUCGACCGGCCAUCAGCCGCCACCGUCCUUGAACCAAAUCAAAGAACAGAAGCGCUUGCAGGACCUGGAAAACAAAGUUCAAUCCCCGCAACCGACCGCACAAAAGAUGAACUCUGUCUGGCCGCCUCUGUCCCUCCCCCAGCAACCGAGUCUGCCAAGCAGCCAAGGUCCCGACUUUCCUCUUGCGGUGCCCCCCGGAUAUCUUUUGCCUGCGGGCCCCUACGCAGGGACAGCUACCACCCAGCGGUGCCCCGGCCUUCCGAGCGCCUUUCCCGGUGUGGCCAAAGCUGGAGUCCAAGCCCACGAGACCGAGAGAGGCCCCUGCUUAAACUCCGCUAGGACUUCCUAA